AUGCUCUUCAUCGCUUCCAUAUUGAGCCCUUCUGCUGCUGCGGCGCUGCUGCUUCUGAGCACAAGCGCUUACGUGAUCUACCAGUGCUUCCUAUCCCCUUUGGCUAAGAUCCCAGGGCCGUUUUGGGCCAAGCUUACCAACUGGUACCAAGUAUAUGUGACCGUCCAUAAAGCAUCUCACCGGAAAAAUGUCUCACUUCAUAAGAAGAGUGUAGUAGACCAAAAAGCAUUCCGUGAGAUAUACAAGGCCGGGGCGGGGUUCAAUAAAGCGGCCUCGUACGAUGUCUUGAGGGGAAGCCGAUCGUUUGACCUCGUCGGACAUCGUGACGAGAAGAUUCACUCCGAACAGCGAAAGCUUGUCGCACGCGCCUACUCUAUGAACUCGAUGGUGCACCUUGAGCCAAACGUGGAUGCUGUCAUCAAGACUUUAAUCCAGAAGUUGGACGGACUAUCGGGUGUUGUUGACUUGGGUGCCUUUAUUCAAUUAUUUGCUUUUGAUGUUAUCGGGGCCGUCAGCUUCUCUCGCCCCUUCGGAUACCUCCUUGCUGGGGACGACCACGGGGUAUUUGCGCGCAUUCGGACAGCAUUGGGCUCAUUAUCUUGGCUCGGGCAUGUGGGUUGGUUUUUCAAUCUCCAUCAAACUCUGAGGCCCGUCAUUGGGAACUGGCUCGCAGCCAAUGACCGAAAUGGAUUCUUCCAUCAAUUUGCCCGGCAAGAGGUCAUCGCCCGGAAAGACCGCGGUGGGGACGACCGGGAUAUCAUAAACCAGCUUUUCACCGUGCAGAAGACGAAGCCGCACCUGAGCGAUACAGACAUUUCAUUUGCCAUGGCCUCGAAUGUGUUCGCAGGGUCUGAUACGACCUCGACUUCAUUGAACGCAACCUUUUAUCUCCUACUGACAAAUCCCGUGGCCUACCAGCGACUGAUGAAAGAAUUGGAGGAGAAGAGAUCCAGUGGUGAGCUAAGCGACCUAGUAACAUUCGAACAAGCAGAGUCCUGCACAUAUCUCCAAGCUGUGAUGUAUGAGGCCAUACGGCUGUACCCUGCGGCCGGGGCAGUACUCGGUCGAGAUGUUCCAGCGGGCGGAAUGACAAUCAUGGAUUACUAUAUUCCAGCGGGAACAGUGGUAGGGACAUCGCCAUGGGCCAUUCACCGCGUUCCCGAAAUUUGGGGCCCGGAUUUCGAGGAAUUCCGUCCGGAGAGGUGGCUGGAUGAGAACGCAAGUAACCUGAAACGCUUUUUCUUCGCUUUCGGUGGUGGAUCGCGCACUUGCAUUGGGAGAAAUAUUAGCUGGCUGGAGAUGUCGAAGCUGGUCCCUACCAUCCUCAUGCGCUAUAAUGUGACCCUGGCCCCCGAUGCUGAAUUGAUUGAGGAAAGCGGGUAA